UCCGGGAACGAGGAGGCGGAGACCCAUAAUCCGGAAGUGGCCUCGAAACUUUUUCCGGUCCUACUCACGUUGCGGCCUUCCUCGCGUCACCGCCGGGAUGAAGCCGAUCCUACUGCAGGGCCAUGAGCGGUCCAUUACGCAGAUUAAGUAUAACCGCGAAGGAGACCUCCUUUUUACUGUGGCCAAGGACCCUAUCGUCAAUGUAUGGUACUCUGUGAAUGGUGAGAGGCUGGGCACCUACAUGGGCCAUACCGGAGCUGUGUGGUGUGUGGACGCUGACUGGGACACCAAGCAUGUCCUCACUGGCUCAGCUGACAACAGCUGUCGUCUCUGGGACUGUGAAACAGGAAAGCAACUGGCCCUUCUCAAGACCAACUCGGCUGUCCGGACCUGCGGUUUUGACUUUGGGGGCAACAUCAUCAUGUUCUCCACAGACAAGCAGAUGGGCUACCAGUGCUUUGUGAGCUUUUUUGACCUGCGGGAUCCGAGCCAGAUUGACAGCAAUGAGCCCUACAUGAAGAUCCCUUGCAAUGACUCUAAAAUCACCAGUGCUGUUUGGGGACCCCUGGGGGAGUGCAUCAUCGCUGGCCAUGAGAGUGGAGAGCUCAACCAGUAUAGUGCCAAGUCUGGAGAGGUGUUGGUGAAUGUUAAGGAGCACUCCCGGCAGAUCAACGACAUCCAGUUAUCCAGGGACAUGACCAUGUUUGUGACCGCAUCCAAGGACAACACAGCCAAGCUUUUUGACUCCACAACUCUUGAACAUCAGAAGACUUUCCGGACAGAACGUCCCGUCAACUCAGCUGCCCUCUCCCCCAACUAUGACCAUGUGGUCCUGGGCGGUGGUCAGGAAGCCAUGGAUGUAACCACAACCUCCACCAGGAUUGGCAAGUUUGAGGCCAGGUUCUUCCAUUUGGCCUUUGAAGAAGAGUUUGGAAGAGUUAAGGGUCACUUUGGACCUAUCAACAGUGUUGCCUUCCAUCCUGAUGGCAAGAGCUACAGCAGUGGUGGUGAAGAUGGUUACGUCCGUAUCCAUUACUUUGACCCACAGUACUUCGAAUUUGAGUUUGAGGCUUAAGAAGCUGGAUCUCCUGCCAGGCGCGGUGGCUCAUGCCUGUAAUCCCACCACUUUGGGAGGCCAAGGUGGGCGGAUCACCUGAGGUCAGGAGUUUGAGACCAGCCUGACCAACAUGGAGAAACCCCGUCUCUACUAAAAAUACAAAAAUUAGCCGGGCAUGGUGGCACACGCCUAUAGUCCCAGCUACUCAGGAGGCUGAGGCAGGAGAAUCACUUGAACCCAGGAGGCAGAGGUUGCAGUGAGCUGAGAUCACGUCAUUGCACUCCAUCCUGAGCAACAAGAGCGAAACUCUGUCUGAAAAAAAAAAAAAGAAGGUGGAUCUCCAUCCAGGCCAAAGAAGAUUCUCACAGAAGGUUUUGAACUCUAAGAAAUAAAUUGGUUUGGUAAUAAAUGGCUUCUGGUCAGAUA